CAGCGCGUCGAGUCGCGUCAUAGCGGCGGAGGCGGGUUUCCUCUGGAAGGGGCCGGCUUUACGCGCAGGCGACCAUUCAAAAGCAACAGAGGGAAAGCUGCUGCGUGUCCAUCACUCCGCCGAGGCAUCGACCAUUCAACGCACUGGUUGCCCACCAAAUAGCCCCCUCGCAGAGAAAAGAUGGCCCCGAUCUGCGUCAAGACCGUUCUGAUCAGCGAGAGCGUGGAUCCGCGCUGCCGGGCGAUCCUGGAGGAGAACGGCAUCCGAGUGACGGAGAAGCAGAACAUGACAAAGGAUGCGUUGAUCGCGGAGAUCCGGGACUACGACGGCCUCGUGGUCAGGUCCGCAACCAAGGUGACGGCGGAGGUGAUCCACGCGGCACAGAACCUCAAAAUCAUCGGCAGAGCGGGCACCGGCGUGGACAACGUGGACGUGGACGCCGCCACCCGGAAGGGCAUCAUCGUGAUGAACACGCCGAGCGGCAACACCAUCAGCGCCGCCGAGCUGACGUGCGCCCUGCUGAUGAGCCUCUCCAGAAAUGUGCCGCAGGCCGCGAUGUCGAUGAAGCAGGGCAACUGGGACCGCAAGAAGUUCAUGGGGGCAGAGCUGUACGGGAAAGUGCUCGGAAUACUCGGACUCGGACGGAUAGGAAAAGAAGUGGCGUCCAGGAUGCAGUCGUUUGGCAUGAAGACUAUUGGCUAUGACCCAAUCACCCCGCCUGAAGUGUCUGCCAGCUGGGGGGUGGAGCAGAUGCAGCUGGAGGAGCUGUGGCCUCAGUGUGACUACAUCACUGUCCACACUCCCCUCAUGCCGUCUACCGUCGGUCUUCUCAACGACGAGUCCUUCGCCAAAUGCAAGAGAGGAGUGAAGGUGGUGAACUGCGCCCGGGGGGGCAUCAUUGACGAGGACGCCCUCCUCAGAGCGCUGGAGUCGGGACAGUGCGGAGGAGCGGGACUGGACGUCUUCGUUGAGGAGCCGCCCACGAAUCGCUCGCUGGUGGACCAUCCGAACGUCAUUAGCUGCCCCCACCUGGGAGCCAGCACCAAGGAGGCGCAGGCGCGGUGCGGGGAGGACAUCGCCCUCCAGGUGGUGGAUAUGGUGAAGGGGAAGAACCUGGUCGGAGCGGUUAACGCGCAGGUUCUGGCCAACGCGUUCUGCCAGGAGUCCCACCAGUUGAUCAAACUGGGAGAGGCGGUGGGCGCUGUACUGAAAUCAUGCGCCGCUGGAAAGGGACCACUGAGCCAGGUCCAAAUCACCACUCAAGGCGACGCCAUGAAGUCCUCCACUGGCUACGUGACCUCCGCGGUGCUGGUGGGGCUGCUGGAUAACAAAUCCGGCUCCUGCCCCAACCUGGUGAACGUGCUGAGCCUGGCCCAGGAGUCCGGGAUCACGGUGAACCAGGCCCACGGCGCGUCCGACGCGGCCGCCGGCGCCGCGUGCCGGGUGGAGGUCGUGGCCGCCGACGGCGGGCGCUACCGGGCCGCCGGGGCGGUUCAGGGCGGCGCGCCCGUGCUGCUGGAGCUGAGCGGCAGCGCCUUCCGGCAGCCGGUGUCGCUCACGGGGAAUCUGCUGUUCUUCAAGGCCUCCGCCUGCCCUCAGCUCCUGUCCUCAGUGGCCGGUCUUCUGGCCACAGAGGGAGCGGAGAUCGAGUCCUUCACCUCUCCCAUAGACCGCACUGGAGAGCUGUGGUACUGUGUGGGGCUGUCGUCCCCCCUGCGAGACCUCGGUGCCUUGAAGACUUUGGUUAAGGACGCAGCACAAGUCGCCCUUUGAAAGACAAAAGCAGCUGCACAGACACCCAACAUGAAGAAACCUUAACGUCGUCAAGUCUUAUAAUAAUGCUCUUAGAGUUUACAGCUAACAACUCUAGACGUCACUUGAACACUUGAAGCUUCAAACUUGUAUUUUGAUAACGUUCCUGCUAAACGAGACGUUUCCGUGUCGCGUACUGUUCGGUUUUGCUGUUUGACGUGGAUUUAGAAUAAAACGCACAAAAAAGCAACGUGUAACAUUUUAA